UAAGAACAGACGUCUUGUUCUUUUUUGUUUUGAAUGCCCUAGCCCCAGCCUAGAGCCAGGUGCAUAGAACAUUCUCGACAAUGUCAGUUGAACAAAAUUAGGGAUCUUCAUGAAACAUCAUGAUCUUUUCAAAACUCACAUUCUUGAGUGUCACCAUUAUCCUCAGCCCUAGUCAAAUGCCAUCUUGGACCCAAAUAGUGUUUCUCUUUAGGGAAACAUUGACAACAAAGGUCAAAGUUGAUCACAAUUCAGUCAGAAGCAUCAUGGAGUGGACAUGAAACCAGCCCUGGUUGUGUUGUCUGGAUGCAUCCUGACCUCCUUCUUCCUCCUACCCAGGAUGCUGACAUUUAAAGCCACAGCUCAGCUGCUCAUCUUGGGCUGCACGUGGUGUCUGGGCAUCCUUCAGGUGGGUCCAGCUGCCCAUGUCAUGGCUUACCUCUUCACUAUCAUCAACAGCCUGCAGGGCAUCUUCAUCUUCCUGGUGUACUGCAUCCUGAGCCAGCAGGUCCGGGAACAAUACAAGAACUGGUUCAAAGGGGUCGGAAAAACCAAAGCUGAGUCUGAGAAGUACACUCUCUCAAGUGGGACCAUGUCUGAUGACUCUAAACACAGUGUGGAGAAUUAUAAUGAACAGCUAAGGCUGACGAACUUGUCUCUUAGAAAAUGAAGAAAAUGCUGGCUGCCAUCCUUUGGGAAGAGUAUAAAAGAUGCUUUUUCAUGGUUAUCACAAAUAACUCUUCUUGGCACCACUUGUAAGAGAAAGUAAGCAGUAAACAUUUGAUAUUCAGUUGCUGGAGACUUUUAGUUUUCUGGUGCAUACAACAUGUUCAUCUCACUCCCAGUAUAAUCAGGAGCUAUGACCCAAUACCCCAGUAGAAACCUCUUCUACAAAUGUUCUUCCUCAGGUUAAUGAUAUAUAACAAGGAAAAACAGCCUCAAAGGACUUUCCUGAAAUGACAUAAGAGGGAAAACUAAUAUUCACAUGCCUGCAUGUAGUAUAAACAACUAGUCCCAGUUGCUCAAGACUUUCCUGGUUUUAGUACCGGAAAUAUUAUACCCCAGGAAACACUUUGGUCACAGGCAAAGUAGAUCAGUUGGUCCCCAUACAUACAUACAUGCCUCAACUUCUUCACUCUCCAUUUCUAAAGACUUACUAAUUUAUUCAUUCCAAAAAUAUGUGCUGCGAAUAGAUCAAGGAGAUCCAAUUCCUGAUUUCACAGAAUUUAAAUGUGGGAAGGGAAGAUUUCAUCAGAAUAAAAUCAGAGCUAGGGGACUAGAGUGUCUGCAUCUUUAUGUUUAUAAAUUGAGUUGUGGGAAAAGGUGUAUAUGGCUACUGCACAUUUUGUGAGAUGUAUUUAUAGAUAACAUAUUAUUUCACUCUCAUCAUGCAGUCUAAGCAAGAUCUAAAUCCAGAGCAGUUACAGCUACAAGAAACGUCCUGAGGGCUCCCUCUGACCAAUUCUGUAUCAAUUUGAGCAUCAAAGAAACAUGAUUAUGUUUUAAAUAACUUAUCCAUGAGUCCAUAAUGAUACUUUAAAAGACCAUUGAAUAAUUAGAAGAGCAUGAUUCUUCCAAUAUCCCAUAAGUGGCCACUAAAAACAUUGAGUGAAAGUCUUUGGAGAACAGGCUAGGACCACAGAUUCAAGGAAUCACCUCACAGACUACCAAUUAAUUACAAGGGGCAAAGUGUACAUUGGCAACAUGGAGAUCUGACAGCCACCAUCAGAAACUAAUGAUGAAGCUUAAUAUCAUCAAUGGUGGGCAAACCAACUUUAUGUAUCUCCUGAUAUGUCAUGAAGUUACAACAUCUCAUUUUUAGUAAAAAAAAAAAAAAAAAAAAAAAAAAAAGAAUUAUUAGCAAAUCACUCUAAUUGAAAUCUAAUCCAAACUUUAGGCUGUGAAUUGGCAAAGUAUAACAUUCCAGCCAAAUGUAGGGAACUGCCUGUUUUUCUUAAUAAACUUUUAUUGGGACACAGCCAUACACAUUCAUUGUCUAGGCUGUUUUCAUGCUAAAAUGUCAGAGUUGAGUUGUGACAGAGGCUGUAAGGAUACAAAGCUAAAAAUAUUUGCUACCUGGCCCUUUAUAGAAGAAGCUUGCUGGUCUCUGUCCUUUUAGACUUAACUUUCAAUAUAGAUGAAAUACAGAGGACAAAAUAAUUUAAACGACAUCAUGAAGAAACCGUCAGGCAAAUCCUGAAUUCAGGCAUUCAACAAGACAAUUGGCCUGGCCUCUUCUAAAAUCAAUACCAUUUUUACAAGUGACUAAAGGCUGCUCUACAUUAAAAGAAAUGAAAGCCUGGUGGUGGGUAUCAAGGA